AUGUCCGUCAGUUUGCACACAAACUUAGGUGACAUAAAGAUCGAAAUCUGUUGCGAUACUGCGCCCCGUACAGCUGAGAAUUUCUUAGCGCUCUGCGCAAGUGGUGCGUAUGAUGGCACCAAAUUCCAUCGUAAUAUAAAGGGAUUUAUGGUGCAAGGUGGAGACCCCUUGGGUACUGGCAAAGGAGGUGAAAGCAUUUGGGGUGGAGCAUUUGAGGAUGAAUUUCACCCUCAGAACAGACACAAUUGCCGAGGAAUCGUAUCCAUGGCUAAUAGCGGUCCCAACACCAACAAGCAGCAAUUCUUCAUUACGUAUGCCAAGCAGCCGCACCUCAAUAAUGUAUACACAGUAUUCGGCAAAGUCAUUGAUGGCAUGGACACGCUCGAUGCCAUGGAGAAAACGCUUGUAGAUGCCAAAAAUCGACCGCUUAAGGAAAUUGUCAUUAAAUCGUUUUAUUUGUUUCGCACGAAACGAGUCAUGAACAGCGUGAUAUCAUCCGGCUUUUUCGUCUUCAUCUCUGCCAUUAAUUUGAGCUGCAUAACUCAAGUGACACAGCCAUAUGAUCCACCCCGCUAG